AUGCUCGGAGUGAUCGAAAGCGAUCUACAUGAUCAACUUAGUAAAAGUCUAACGAAAGUAAAAAAAAGUGUCUAUCAUCAAGGCAAUGGUUUUGAUUUGAAGGGCAUGAGAAAAUUUCACCUGAAACUUUACAAUCUUCUCGAAGAGUUGAACAUCCUUGCGGGGCCGUUUGUGUUUGUCAUCCUGGGUGAAGCGUAUUUCAAUCUUAACAUCGAUUUCAUCGCCUUGCUAGGUGACCUCGAGGAUAAUGACACGUUUCAAAUGAUUGAGAUGUGGUCUUUCGUUCUGUUCCGUUUGGCGAAGGUGUUAGCGAUCGUAGUGCCGAAUAGUUUAGUCAAAUCAAAGAACCGAAAAAUAGCCGUUACUCUAUGCAAACUAGCAGAUCUCGAUAACCCAAACAUUCCUAGCUCCGAGAUCGACAAUUUCCUCCGACAAAUAUCCGAGCUGUCGGAUGUGCAUUGGAUCUGUGGAACGGUUCAGCUUGGGAUGCCUCUUCUGGUGACGAUGUUCAGUCUGCUAACAACGUAUAUGGUUAUACUCAUACAAUUCGAGCCGGGCAAAAAUAAACAUGAAUAAUAAUGUCAAAGUUAUCAUUUACUCAAACGGUGUAAAACAGUAUUAUGUGUGUUGAAAUUUGAUAAAAAUAUAUUU